GUGAAAAAAUGGAAACCUAAACAAUAGUGGAUCCAAAGUUUGCUGUACAUUUUCCGCGGAAUAUUGCCGUCAGAAGUGUUUAAUUGAAGCUAGACCCACGGAAAAAGCGAAAUGAGGUGUUGAGCUCAGUUGAGAAUCAAUUAAUCAUCGUGUCAGAUCAACGGGAGCACGUUAAAAACAAUGAUGGAUAUUUGUCGCCUGGUUUCCGAUCAGCCCGACGACAGUCUCAAGAUGGUAGAAAUUGAUUUUCAAGCGCUGUGUCGUAUAUGUGGCGCGCUCGGAGAAAAUUUGACUUCGGUGUUUGGAAAGCGCGCGGCUGACCGGUUACGAGAGCGAAUCGGCAAGUACCUACAGAUCGAAAUACUGGCCGAGGACUGUUUACCAACCAAAGUGUGUGACGAUUGUCGGGAAACGUUGGAUCGGUUCCACGAGCUGUUCGAGAAGUGCCACCGGACGGAUGAAAAGUUCCGUACAAUGCUGAGUUCGGCUGAGGAGCUGAAAGAAAUCGAGGAAGAUGCGAAAGUGGUUUCUGCUGGUGCCACGGAGGAUGAGGAUGAUAUGCCAAACGAUGAAGCUCCAUUGGGAUUGCAGCGGAAGGACGACAGGCAGGAUGAUUUGUUCGAUAAGAAGGGCAAACGUUUAACACGCAGCUCGAAGGCCUUCACGUGUAGUUUCUGCAAAUCAAACGGCACAAUUAAGGCGAACACCUUCGCCAGCAAAUCAAACCUAGUGGAUCACCUGAAGGAUCAGCACUCGGAACAGAUCUUCCAUUGCGAACAGUGUGACAAUUAUUUGGAUAGAAAUGUACUAAUUCAGCAUAUGACUAUGCACGCGCUUAGUCUGUUCAGUCAAUCCGGUGCCAACGAGUCCCAACCGGAGGAUGAGGACGAUCAGGAGCAGCAGACAUCCGGUGUCGAUCUGGAGGAAGGAGAAGGCAGUCAACAGACGGCGGAAGGUAAGUCCGGAGAGGGAACAGAAGUCGGUAACAAAGAAAAUGACGGAAAAUCGUCUCCACCGCCGGAAGUGAAAGCCGAUGUACGGAAACUGUAUUGCUACAUCUGCGAGAAAACCCUAGCUAACCGCAGUGCGUACUCCUAUCACAUUAACCAGGUUCAUUUGAAUAUAAAAAAUUUCACCUGUACGUACUGUAGUAAAAAAUUUGGAAACCAGAGGCUUUUGAAUAACCACGUUGCAGGGGUACACUCGCGUGAUCGUAACUUCACGUGUCCUACCUGCUCGAAACGGUUCAAAACAAACGUCGCACUGUACAAUCAUCAGCGCAUCCACGAUGACAGUGCGGUGAAGUUUUCGUGUACCUUUUGCGACAAAAAGUUCCGAUACCGGAACCAUCUCACUAGUCAUCAAUUGGUCCACAUGAAUGAACGGAAUUUCCCCUGUACACAGUGUGACAAAAAGUUCAACAAUCCGGAGUGCUUACAAAAACACAAACUGACCCACGUGGAAACGCUCCCCUAUCAGUGUCCGCUGUGCGGAUUCAGCACGAAACAGAAACGAUAUCUGGUGAUGCAUGCAAAACGGAUCCACAUGGUCCGGUAAAAGGGUCCGCCUGCUGGUAGUCGAAACGAAGCGGAAAUUGCACAAUAAUAUUGUAUUGAGAUUUCAUUCCCCCCCCCCCGUAGUAGGUUUAAUUUCCUAUUGAACCAAUGUAUGAAUCGAUGUACUACCCAUUAUUAUACUAAAAAUUAAAACUUAAGUGGCUAUCUUAGUAUGUAGGCAACGUUUACGUACUCCAAUGCGAACAAGCACACACACAUAUACUUACCACCCGUAGAACCUAUGGUGGUUAUUGAAGUUUCAUUAAUUUAUUCAGUAGAGGAAAAUAUAAUCGCGCUACGUUUAUUGGCUACCGGUGUACCUGAAAAGUAUUAGCGAUUAGAACGGCAACAAAACUGGAGCAUAAAGUUGAAACAACAUGAAACCAGUAAGCAAACAUAACAUUGAACGUUUUAGAUUGUAUUCUACUCUACUCCGAUGAAUUGUUUGUCUCGUUAUUAGUUGUUAGUUGUUUUUGAAAAAGCGCGCGCACAAUAGUAAACAGAGAGAUAGCGUGAAAGAGAGAAAAGAUGGGGAUACGAAAGUGAAAACUAGUAAAUAGUCUUAUUUAUUGUCAGUAUUAUAAUUAGUACAGUUUAGUAUCAUGUGCCGCGUCAUAAAUUAUUUCAAACUCGCUUGAUAUUAUCGCUUCUAUGUCGUAUUUAUUGAAAUAUACACCUCCCACAUUGUCAAUCUUCUUAUGCUACAUUAGCUAAAAGGAAUGUUGGAAGUAA